CCAUAAUCGUGACCACUAACUGCCGUAAGGGGAAAAAUAACGAAGGAAGCGAAGCGGCAACUUCCGCCUUCUCUUCGCCAGUUACUCCACUUCCAAUCGCCGUCUCAUAAAUCCGGGCUGCCACUUCCGCCUCCAUCGCCGCCAGCCGCCGCCUUCUCUUCGCCAGUUACUCCACUUGCCCGCAGGCCGCACCGCACCGCCACCGCUUUCAUCGGACGAUCCACUGAGCAAGCCACGCCAGGCAGGGGCUCGUACAGGGCGAGAGAAACCCGCGCGCUCGCCCCUGUCCUGCCGCGGGAUCGCAGUUGCCGUCCGCUUCAUCCCCGGACCCGGAGGUAGGCACCAGGCAGGCGGCGGCAAUGCUACCGGGCUCGCCGGUGAAGCGCCUGCUGCGGCGGGCGGCCAAGGGGCGGCGGGAGAAGGCCGAGCUGGCGGGGCUGGCCGCGGCGGCCGCCGCGCUGCUGCUGCUCUGCGCCGCCUCGCUCCGCUGCUCGGCCACCGCGCGCGGGAGGCUCUGGGCCGGUGGGGUCUCCAUCGCGGCGGCGGGGAGUGGCGGCGAGGAGGAGUGCGACCUGUUCGACGGGGACUGGGUCUGGGCUGGCGGCGGCGGCGGGUACCCGCUCUACGACUCCCGGGACUGCCCGUUCCUCGACGUCGGCUUCCGAUGCGCCGAGAACGGCCGCCCCGAGGCGUCCUACACCAAGUGGCGCUGGCAGCCGUCGCGCUGCCAUCUUCCCAGAUUUGAUGCCAAAAGCAUGCUGGAGAAGCUACGAAACAAAAGAGUGGUUUUUGUUGGUGAUUCAAUUGGAAGGAACCAAUGGGAGUCUCUACUUUGUAUGCUCUCUAGCGCUGUUCAUAACAAGAGCUCUAUCUACGAAGUUAAUGGGAGUCCCAUCACAAAGCACAUGGGUUUCUUGAUUUUCAAUUUUAGAGACUACAAUUGCACGGUGGAAUACUACAGAUCCCCUUUUAUAGUCCUUCAAGGCCGUGCACCAGCAGGAGCACCUGAGAUUGUCCGGUACAGUAUUCGAGUGGAUGCAAUGGAUUGGAUGUCCGACCGGGGUAAAUGGAAGGAUGCUGAUGUACUGAUCUUCAACACUGGGCACUGGUGGAACAAUGAGAAAACAAUCAGGGGGGGUGCCUACUUUCAAGUAGGCGAUGAGGUCAAAAUGGGCAUGAGUGUUGCUGAGGCUUACAGAAGAUCGAUAGAGACAUUGUCCGAUUGGCUUCGCAAAGAAGUCAACACGAGCAAGACCCAUGUCAUCUACCGCACAUAUGCUCCUGUGCAUUUCAGAGAUGGUGACUGGAAGACUGGUGGGAGCUGCCACUUGGAAACUCUUCCAGACGCGAUGCCAGUGAAGUCCCUGGACGAAUGGGCCGACUUGCUCCAACCCGUGGACGAAUUUCUAGGGAGCGAUCUUGGAUCCGAGCUGGCUGGUGUAGACCUGCUUCGCGUGACGGGAAUGACGGCCCAGAGAAAAGACGGCCACCUCUCGGUCUACCUGAGCCCCUCAGGACCCGUGCCCCGCUACAGACAGGACUGCAGCCACUGGUGUCUUCCUGGAGUCCCCGAUGCCUGGAACGAGCUUCUCUACGCCCUCGUCAUGAGGAGGCAUAAGAAGAUGGCCGGCACUAGGACACCGGACGCUGAAGAGGGAGAUGUCUUCAGCAGUGGAUCAUCAUCGUGACAAAACGAGCUUCGUAGCCAUCCAUCCAUCCUGGCUAGGCGAUGACAGCUGCUGUUUCACAUAGGAUGCCGGAAUGGCGAGACACGUUUUUGGACCAUGGGUGCUGUUUGCAAGAAGCUGAGCUAGACGUCAGUGGUAGUAUAGCUUUGUGUGUGGUGAUGGCAACUUGUAUGGCUAAUGGGGAGGUAUUUGGAAUUGGCAGUGUAACUAGCUAGGGUCGCUACAGCGAAUGAUGUACAUAUGUAUUCUUUUAGCACUCGUUCGAUGAUUCAUAUUCCAUGUAGGUUUUGA